AUGUAUGUGUGGGUCCAGCAGCCCACAGCACUUCUGCUCCUGGGACUCACACUUGGGGUUUCAUUCAGGCUCAACUGUGUUGAAGAUACGUACCCCAGUGGUCACAGGUGCUGUCAUGAGUGCCAGCCAGGCAACGGUAUGGUGAGCCGCUGUGAUGCCAACAGGGACACUGUAUGCCACCCGUGUGAACCUGGCUUCUACAACGAGGCAGUCAAUUAUGAAAGCUGCAAGCAGUGUACACAGUGCAACCAACGAAGUGGGAGUGAACUCAAGCAGAAUUGCACACCAACUCAGGAUACUGUCUGCCAGUGCAAGCCAGGCACCCAGCCCCGGCAAGACAGCAGCCACAAACUUGGAGUUGACUGUGUCCCCUGUCCUCCUGGCCACUUUUCUCCAGGCAACAACCAGGCCUGCAAGCCCUGGACUAACUGCACCCUAUCUGGGAAGCAGACCCAGCACCCAGCCAGUCCCAGCUUGGACGCAGUCUGUGAGGACAGAAGCCUCCCAGCCACAGUGCUCUGGGAGACCCAGGGCUCUACAGUCGCGCCAACCACUGUCCAGUCCACCACAGUCUGGCCCAGGACUUCUCAGUUGCUCUCUACAUCCACCCAGGUGGCUCCUAGGGGCCCAGUAUUCACUGGUUUCCUAGGCCUAGGCCUGGGCCUGCUGGCUCCCUUGACUGUGCUGCUGGCCUUGUACCUUCUCCGAAGGGCUUGGAGGUUGUCUGAUGCUCCCAAACCCUACUGGGGAAACAGCUUCAGGAUCCCCAUCCAGGAGGAACAAGCUGACACACACUUUACUCUGGCCAAGAUCUGA